AUGCUACUGCGAUCGCUACGGAGAGCCCGGUCAAUCAAGCCGGUGCCCUUAAAGCUCACUCGCUUUGUAUCCUCCGCGCCACUCAUCCGUAUCCAGAAAGGCACAUUUUACCGACUCUAUCCCAGCCAGGAAGAUGGCGCAACCAAUCCUCCUCUAUAUCCAGAUCUCUCCUUCACUCUUCCCUCCAAAAGCGAGCCAUUGAAAGAUGGGCGACCGAAUCUGCAGCAUUGGGCUGUGGUAGGUACAUCUAGCCGCACCGAUUUGUUGGACGUUCUCCGAGGACAGCAUAUUUGUCUCCCAGCUACCGCGCGAUCCUAUCCCUACCUUCUUACUGAUGAGAUUGCCGCCAAAGAUCCACAAUUGCGCUAUGUUGGAAAUGCUAUUCAGUACAUUGGGUUCAGUGGGGAAGGUUCUGGUGCUAUUGGGGGUACCCGGGGCGCAUAUUUGAGUGCUCGUUAUGAGAGUCUACGAGAGGAGACUGAUUGGACGGUGAAGCAAUUCCUCCGUGGCCAGACAUCGCUUAAUCCGUUAGAAGGGGAGGAACAUGGAACCGUCAAUGACGAAGCCCUUCUGAAGACGGUCAUCACAGACCUGCAUUUAUCGGAUUUACUCGACAUGCCCGUUGCGAACCUUAGCAAUGGACAGACUCGACGUGCCCGCAUUGCGAAAGCGCUCCUCAAGAAACCGGAGCUUCUACUCCUAGAUGAGCCUUUUAUGGGAUUGGACCCGGCAACAGUUCGGAGUAUCUCCGCUUUGCUUUAUCGACUAGCUGAAAAAUCGUCCCCUCGUUUGAUCCUCGCUUUGCGCCCACAGGAUGCAAUCCCAGAAUGGAUAAGUGAUGUUAUGGUUGUGGGGCAUCACAAUAAAAUCCUUCAGCAAGGCUCACGAUCUGAGUUAGAUCGAUCGCUUUCAGUAUGGAAAAGAUUGACGCAAGGAAAUGUGACGAUCCGAUCGGUGGAGAAAGACGAUAAAGAUAUAUAUCGUCAAGCCCAGUCAAACCUCAAGGCUGGAAACCUUGAUCGACAGCUUAUUCACGACCUUACUACCAAUGAAGCCAGGCAGCCCUCAAAGGCCUAUAACGCCCAGCUAGAAGGAGAGGCAUUGAUUGAAAUGGACGGUGUCCGUGUUCAGUAUGGCGAUAAAGCUGUGUUGGGUGAUUGGAGCCAACAAGUAAACAAUGAGACUAAAGACGGCCUACAUUGGCGUUUACGUCGAGGUCAGCGGUGGGCGAUUCUUGGAGCGAACGGUUCAGGUAAAACAACACUACUGGCGCUCAUCACAUCCGACCACCCGCAAGCAUACUCCUUACCUAUCAAGAUAUUUGGCCGCUCCCGUCUUCCGGAAGCAGGCCAGCCUGGCAUUUCUAUAUUCGAUCUUCAAUCUCGCUUAGGUCACUCAUCUCCCGAGAUUCAUGCAUUCUUCCCUCGCCAAUUGACGAUAAGAGCCGCCAUCGAGUCUGCGUUUGCAGAGACAUUCUUGUCCAAACCGCAGCUCAAUUAUGAUCGAGACCUCGAUAUUAGUGCAGCUUUGCGAUUUUUCAAAGCAGAGCUAGAUCCAAAUGCCGACCUGGCAAGUGCACAAGAGCCUCCUAGUAUCACAACCGACUCUAACAUGUUCCCUAAACUCCGAACUGGCAAAUCUACUGGCCAGCAGGAACCUUAUAUACCAUCUGAUUUCGAUAUCGAGUAUGCCGACAAUACGACAUUUGGUCAACUCACUACCGCACAACAGCGUAUUGUGCUUUUCCUAAGAGCUCUGAUCCAUAACCCAGACAUUGUGAUUCUGGAUGAACCAUUCUCGGGCUUGAGUGCUUCUCAACGUGACAAGUGUCUACACUACAUUGAUCACGGCGACACCACAUCCCCACUCGGAUCUUCCUCGGAUGAAGAAGCUCCACGAUAUGGUGGCCUGUCAGAAAGACAGGCGCUUGUUCUCAUCAGUCACGUUAAGGAAGAAAUCCCCGAUAGCGUACGGCACUACAUGCGUUUACCGUCAGAUGCGGGUGAUGGCGCCGAGCCCUUGGACUUCCGAUUCGGUUUGCUCCAGCCGACUAGUAUCCUUAGCGACGCGAAGGUAUGGGAUCUUGCCUGGUCGCCACCGUCUGAGCUUGAACAGGGCGGUAAAAAAGCUUCCGAACAUCGCGGAUCCGAGUCUGUUAUAGACGCUUACGACUGGGUUUCGAUAUAA